AAAGACAAAUAAGAGGCUGUUACCAAAGGGUGAUGGGCCACUGUGAGCCUAUCAGCCAAACAGUCCCACUGUGGGUGCAAAGCGCAGGAAGGCAGGCGUGAGAGAAGAAAGCAAGAAUCCAGCGAAAGGGACUAAAUCUGCCACACACACAAAGAGACAGACCGGUAAUUGUGACACACCCACCCAAGGCAAGACACACCACAGAGGAAGAGGAGAGAGAGCGAAAAGGAAAAAGAGGGAGGGCACCGCCAGAGAGCUAGGCAGUUCAGGAAAGAGACAGGCAUCCCUGUUAGACAGAGAUACUCUCAUACUAAGAGGGGACAGACACCUAUUCAGCAACACGCCUUUCUUAAACAAAUAGCCCCAGCUCCCUUAACAGCAGGCACUGGGAGGGGAGGGGUGGGUGUUAGGGUGCCGUGGCAACGGCAUAAAGAUAGAGAAAAAGAAGAAGAAAGAAAAUAAAAGGAGAGCAGCUCGCACAUGUAACCAGCAAGAGAACAGGCUGACGGGACAUUCUGCAUCCUUACAGGUCCAGCCAGACUUUGCUAGUCAAGCUGUUCCAUCCCCAGUUGCUGUGAUUAAGGAUGUUGGUGAAGGAGUAUCGGAUAUGUAUGCCCCUUACAACAGAAGAGUACAGGAUCGGACAGCUGUACACCAUCAGCAAGCACAGCCACCAGGAGAGUGACCGAGGGGAGGGAGUGGAGGUGAUGGAGAACAGAGAGCAUCAUGAUCCGGUACACGGCUACGGCCAGUACACAGAGAAACGGGUCCAUCUAUCCAGCAAAUUGCCCAGCUGGGCCCGGGCCGUCGUCCCACGGAUGUUCUAUAUCUGCGAGAAAGCGUGGAAUUAUUACCCUUACACGGUAACAGAAUACACAUGCUCUUUUCUACCAAAAUUCUCCAUCCAUAUUGAGACGAGAUAUUCUGACGACUGUGGGGACAAUGACAGUAUAUUCCAGCCGGACAAUGCAGAAGAUGCCCAUGAAGUCUCCUUUAUAGACAUUGCGUAUGAUGAGAUCCCAGAGAGAUACUACAAGAGUGUUGAGGAUUUGCGCCAUUUUAUGUCAAGUAGGACAGGACGAGGCCCCCUGCAGGAAGGAUGGAGGCACAACGUACGGCCAGUCAUGUGCUCCUAUAAGCUUGUCAAUGUCAAAUUCGAAGUGUGGGGCCUGCAGACCCGAGUGGAGCAGUUUGUACACAAGGUAAUCAGAGAUCUGCUGCUGGUUGGACAUCGUCAGGCAUUCGCAUGGGUGGACGAGUGGUAUGGGAUGACAAUGGUGGAAGUUCGGGAAUAUGAAAAGGAGACGCAAGCGGCCACCAAUGAAAAGAUCGGUCCAGUCGCUCCCACCAUCACCAUUAGUGCGGAGGGGCACAGCCCGGCCAUCCGAAGCGCCCCCGCCACCCCCGUGACCGGAGAGCCGCCGGAAUUCCUUAGCCUUCCCAAAGAACGGACCCGUAAAACCUCAGCCCCAGACACAUUGACUUUGCCCGAACUCAGAGACAGAGCCAACGGCCCUUCCAGCCAUUCCCCUCCUUCCAACACGGACAGCUGAAAAUAUGGGGAGCGAUACAAUUUGCACUUUUUUUCUGCCUGUUCCAAAGGCACAGGAAAUGGUACCCCAAACAAAAACUAACCCUCCCCAGACUCAAGGACAUUUACACGAGGAAGACCUGCAUUCAUGGCAUAGAGGAUGGACCCUGUUACGGCUGCCAUCUUGAAGCAGACAGACGAUGCACGCAGAGACUUGGUGGGAUAAUAUGGGCAAAACUGGCGUCUUAAGGGUGGCGGUUAUUGAGAUUUAUUUCCUACAGGCCAUGGUCACCCUUUCCAUAUAACAAUAACUUACAAUAGCUUCCAUAUAGGCAGGCUUUGGCUAUUUAGAUGUUGCAAGACAACAAUCCCCAGCCAUUUUGGGGGCCAUGUUUGUCUGUUCUUGGUAUUUUUAAAGAGGUUGCCCCUAUCUAAUACAAUGCGUACAGCUCAUAGUAUGAGGAUCAUUCAGCAUGUUAUACCUUUGCCUUGGCAAUGGGGCUGGGAAGCUGCCAAUUGAUAUACAUUCCAGAUUUAUAUAAUGACCCCCUCAUCAUAUAGGGGCCACAGUCACCCUGCUAGGGCCCCCCUGUUCUGUUAAUCUGUCCUGAGACCCUAGGAGGACAUGUAUAAGAAGAACACAUAUUCUGCCAUAAAUAAAAACAAUGUCCAUGUCUUCAUAUUAUAUUAAAGUCUUAGUCUGUAUGAUUAAAGGAGAACUAAAGCCUAAAAUAGAAUAAGGCGGGCCAUGCUGUAUUUUAUAUAGUAAACUAACUGGACCGGCCUUGGCAUUUAGCAGCCCUAUCACGGUAAUGAUUCAUGGCGUCACAGUUGUUUGCCGCAGUUCCCCAUCUUGGAUCUUGUCAAGAUAUCUAUUAGUGUCAGUGGCACUGCACAUGCUCAGUAGGUUCAGGGCUGCUGUUAAGAAGCUAAGAGUAAAUUCUGAAAACAAAGUUUCCUAUACCUAGUAACCCAUAGCAACCAAAGCAGUUAAGCUGUACUGAUUUAUUGCAGUUAUUGGAUCAGACAAUAACUGGGGUGCCCAAGGCCAUCUGUUCCAUAGAGUUGCCAACUGGCUUAGCCUGUAAAAUAGCAGCCAAGUCUGGGGCCGGUAUUAAACAUUUACCUGCAAUGUACUUCAUGGUAAAUUUGUAAUACCCUCUUGUUCUGCCCCAAUCAGCCCCAAUUCCCACCCAAUCUCACCUUCUUCUAUCCUGAUCACCAAGAAUCCACCCUGCAGGCUGCCACUGUAACUGCUCCACCCAUUUACACUAUUUCCCCACCCCUUGUGGCCCUUCCCACAUCAUCAUCCUGCCCCCAGCACAAACCAGCUGGUGGUCUAUGAUUCCAUAGGUGGCAAUGCUACUGGCCAACCAUUGUCCCUGCUUGUAAUACAUGAUAUAAAUACAUUUAUUCUCUCCUCUCUUUUAAUUAUCUCUACCUUUGGGCCCAUCAGUAUAGCCGGCUGUGUAUUUCACCCUUAAUCGGCCUUUGGGCUGGUCUCUCCCAAAUGCCAUUGCUUUGGAAACCACUGAUUCAAGGUUGGCAGGGUCAGACUGGGCUGGCGGGGCGUCGGGAACAUCUCGGUGGGCCCCGCUGACUCAGACCCAAUCCAUGCCGGUGUUCCACAACUGAUCUCCCUCCCCCCAAUGGUGCCUGAAGAUAAGUAUAAUGUACGUGUGCUUGAGGGGGAAGGGGUUGGCCGGGCGCUAAGGAGACGUCCCUGGAGUGGGUGUUGGGGGCAGAAGCCCCGGUGGGCCCUGCACACCCAAGUACGACCAUGAAGGUUGAUCAUCUUCUGUGUGAUGUGAUUGGUCAUCCAGAAAGCUUAUGUAUUGAUAGAUAUGUUUUGUAUUGAUCUAAUUGAUUGGCCCAAAUGCUGAGCAAUCAGAUUGUACAGAAGGUUUCAGUAGAUGGCCUUUCUUAGCCAUAGCGAUAACAAGAUAAGACGGACUGGGACGCUGAUCUGUCAAAACAGAUGCCCAAGUAGGGUGGCUAAUGGCCAUGGAUAUUUAUACUUAAUGCCAAUGUCUUAUCAGAUAACAGAGAUAGCAGGGAGUGUCAGUAAUCUCCCAGCCUUGGGGUUCACUGUAACUCUAUAGUAAGCCAUUUGCUGCCCAGAAGGCUAAAUGUACAGUCAUUACUAGUUUAGCCAAUGUUUCUACCACUUAUUAAACCCUCCUCAGAAACUCA